AAUUCAAGCAUGUCCGGUUUGAGCGGGUACGACAGCGAAGUUGUAGGAUUCGACUGUGUUACACAAGAUACCAGAUCACUCGCCAGCAGCUCAGCUCAGACCACGGAGUUUAGUGACCAGGGUGUCGCUUGUCAAACGUCCAUGUCCAAAGACGAAGGCUGUAUGGUCCAGCCUGACGACGUAGACACCAACGAGAUAUCGGAAAUACCCUUGGGUUUGAACGAAUUCCUCAGGAAAGUAGCACCAGCUAUGAUGGAGCAAUUGGAACAAAACGACAGAGAAUUCAUUAAUGACUCCUCAGAUUCAGACGAAGAAGAUGUCAUCGCCGCGAAAUUGUUGCAAGAGAUAAAACUUAAGCACGGACUCGGGUGUGGCGACCAUGACACUUCAAUUUUGGGCGUCACUUGGAGCAGCGCCGGUAACUCAAUAGCUGUAUCCAUUGGCGCGAUGCAACACGAAACGUGGUGUCAGAAUUCCGGUCUGAUAAAAGUAUUUAUGCUAAAGAGAAGCGAGGAACGAUUCGUGCAAGCUAUGGAGGUCACUGAAAAAGAUUGCGUUAGUGUUUUGAAGUACCACCCAACCGUCGCCGCAUUGUUGGCUUACGGUACCACUUCUGGUGAAAUUGUGCUUUGUAAUUUGAGAAAUGGGAGCUUGGAUGAAGGUACCCAGUUGGCUUCACCGGCUGGAUGUCACGGAUCUAGACGUGUGUCUGCUCUGCGCUGGGCGGAAGCACCAUUAGCGAAUACAUUCUUGAUGAUGCAGAUUACCAGCAAGGGGAAACGACGUGGAGGUGCUGAUCAGGUACUAUUUUCUGCUGGGUGUGAUGGCUCCCUUAACGCCUGGCAAGUGAACGCCGACCAGAAAGUAUUUGAAAAUAUAAUUUGCUACAAUAUCAAUGGCGAUCAGAAAUUAGCGCCGGAUAUAACAUGUUUCGACUUCAUUGAGAGCUAUCCGUUACGACCAGCUGACGAAAAAGUCCCCGAUGACGUCUUCGUGGUGGGAACGAAGACUGGGAAGAUAUUUUUAUGCAAGAUUAAAGGGGAAGUUGAAGGUGUUGACCCGGUUUAUGAUGUUCUGGAAGGGCAUGGCACUUGCGUUCUCGAUGUGGCCUUCAGCUACCAAAGACCGGGUAUUUUCGUUUCGAUAUCCAUGGAUUCUGAGUUGAGGGUCUAUGAUAUUAAGCAGGGAAGUCCAUUAAAGAUUCUAUGUCUUGACAUUCCAAUAUCGUGUAUGAGCUGGUUGUCGCCGCCAUGCGUGGUACUCGGACUAUCUGGUUGUGACGAGUCUCUUCGGGUUUACAACGUGAAUAGCGGCCGGGUUGUGCCCGUCUCGGGAAUGAACGGUUGUGGGGAUGUUACUUGUGUAUCAGUUAACCAGUUUGGGUCGUGUCGUAUAGCCGCGGGCGACAGUGACGGUAAUCUUAAAAUUUGGGAGUUGCCCACACGACGCAUCAAAUUAUCGGACGAUGAUUUGGACUUUUAAAUGUUGAUCGUUUUAAUUGUAUAUCAAAAACAAUUUGUAUUUUGUUUUUAAAGAUUAAUUUCUGAUCUAACGGCCGGUUUCUGAAAGACUAAUCGGAUUGUGAUAGAUAAUUUCGUUAACAGUUAAAAUAAUCAUGAAUAGUGUUACCAACGUCAAAAGUGGCUAUAAUCUAUUACAUGUGACGAAAUUUCAUCGUAUUUUAAGAAAACGUAUUGUGUCAAAAUGAUUACUUAAUUUUUUAUAUAAAAUGUCAUACAUUUUUUUUUAUUUAGCAUAAUGAUCAGAAGAAAAGAAAAACAAUAAGUAAAUAAAUUGAAUUUAAAUAAAUCUGUGAUAUUUUAACAUUUAUAUUUGAAUAAUAAUACGAUGUACUUACGUCACAUAUGCUAUGCAAUUUUAUGUUGAUAUGAACUUGUCGAUACAAUAAUUUAAAGGAGCAUUUGUAGAGUCUGUGAUGUGAUUUUAUGAAUGAAUAUUACUGUGUGUACUCGUACAAUAUUUGACGGCUGCCAACACAUAAGACUUAACUGUCAAAUACAAAAAACGGGUUGACGCUUGAAUAGUCGUUUAGAAACCGGCCGUAAGCUUUAGAUUAUAGGGUAUUCAGAGGUAAUUUUUAAUUUGAACUAUAAUAGAUUAGUUUUGAAACAAAUGUGGAAGACAUGUAUAAAUAAGAGAUUUAAAGUUAAUUUUAUGUUCGUUAAUUAUGUUUUGUUUGUAAUUUAUUUUCUUAACAAUUGACUAUAUCUUAUUUUAUAUUUAGAUUUUUAAUGACAAUCUUAAAUUAAUUAAAUUUUAAAAAUUAAAUUAAAUUAAUUAAAAUAUAUAUCUAGAUUUCCAUCUUUGCACAUUGUAGGAUCUGCGUCAAAAGAACACCGUUCCUUUUAUUUUUAAAUAUGCGUGUAUAGUAUAAAAAAAAAUAUAUAUAGCUUUUGAUUAUCUUUAUUUAUUCACGCAUGCACUGAACUAUGCAAACAUGUUUGCU